AUGCGUACCAGCAGCAACAGCAGCAGCAACAGCAGCAGCAGCAGCAGCAGCAAGAACAACGACAACAUCAUCACCAUCAGCAGCAGCAGCAGCAUCAACAUCAUCGGCAGCAGCAGCAGCAUCAGCACCAUCAUCAUCAUCAGCAGCCGCAACAUUACCAUCAGCAGCAGCAGCAGCAAAAGCAGCAGCAGCAGCACCAUCAUCAUCAGCAGCAGCACCAUCAUCAUCAUCAGCAGCACCAUCAUAGCAGCAGCAGCAGCAGCAGCAGCAGCAGCAGCAGCAGCAGCAGCAGCAGCAGGAUACCAGGUGUAUGGUAAGCCAGGGUUUAGGGUUCAACAACAACAACAGCAACAACAACAGCAGCAGCAACAGCAGCAGCAGCAGCAGCACCAGCAGCAGCAGCAAGCCCAGCAACAGGAGCAGCAGCAGCAGCAUCAUCAUGAUCACAAGCAAGCCCACCAAGAGCACCAGCACCAGCACCAGCAGCAGCAGCACCAGCAGCAGCCGCAGCAGCAGCACCAGCAGCAGCCGCAGCAGCAGCACCAGGAGUGA